AAUGGUGUCAUAUGUGAGUACUUGAGUAUGAAUCUGUUACAUCUGAGAUGACACCACAAAAAAAAUGUGAGUUGAAUUUUGUUAGUCGUAUCAAUCCGUCUCACCUGACGAUCUGAAAGUGCGCCCUUGAGCACCCCAGCUCGCAGUCCGUGUGUUUUUGUUUUUCGUGGGGUUCAUAAAGCUCAUCUGGGUUAUAUUUAGAUGUGACCUGCUCCACAUGUGACAUGACUCGGCUCAGAGUGCCUGUUGCGUUUUCUAACUCGGGUGUACAGAGUUCUCCUUUCUCUUAAUGAUAUACACUGUGACUUCUUUCACAUUAGGUCAUUUUGCACACUUGAACAUGAGACACCACCAGCCUACGCUUCACUUGCAGAGCAUUGCAUGUCAAAACAAAAAUGAAGCAAAAAUGAUGGCUGAAAAUCAGCUACCCUCAUAUUGUCCUACAUGAGCAAAACCUCUUAUUAUAUAUUAUUGAUUUUCACUUUCUAAACAACAGCUUUAGGAAUAGCCUUGACAUAUUCUAAGCGAAAUAAUCCCUCAAGAGAACAAGCGCCCACUUUCUCCUGACGAACAAAUUGAUACGUGGGAGUUUGUGGAAAAAGUCUCAGACAGCGUCAAUGUGUGACACAGUGACUCAGCCUGUAGGCGGCCUCUCCACCGCGUCAAUAGACUUCACCAAUCUGUCCGGGGUUGGAAGCAGACCGACCAGCCCCAUCGUCAAGUUUCACUACACGCUCGGACAUCAUGCACACAAUGAGCUCUGUCUCUGAACUGAAAACACUGCAUUUAACGCACCGGAUUUGAGCAACCACGGAUUUUUGCUCCAUAUGAGGAAGAAAAUCUUGAAAGCACCUUGUCUCCUCUUGAGUCUGUUCACAAGUUUGAAUCUCUGCUCCGGAAAAUUUGGGACGCCGAUAACCGACGAUGUAAGCAAGCUGUCAUUAUUGAAGCAGAAUAUCCCCUCCGAUUAUGUGAUUCCUGUUAGUUACAUUCCCAAAGAAGUGGCUGGCACGUGCUGGGUGGUGUUGAAUAUCUAUCCUUUGGAGCAAAGUCUUCGGAAGCUGGCUGGCAUGUUUGGUGCCAUCUCUUCCAACAGAGAAAACAUAAUUGUCUUCAUUGCAAUGCUGAAGAGUCUACGCUUCACCUUUGACCAUGAGGAACUGGAAACAGCGAUGCAAGUCUUCCAGUGUCACUAUCAGGAAGGGAGCUUAAUAUCUGGUCUUUACUUUGACUACAUCAAAGACGUCUUACAUGCCGCCUCUCAAGGAACAUCCGGCUUCUCGUGCAAGCCGCCACCGUGCCUUAAUCCACAACAAACACCAGGGGGUCGGGAGGAGGGUCGCGAGUACAGCUGGUCCAAGAGAACUCCCUUGCUUCUGGCUCUCAUCCCCUUCACAGCUUGUGUUGUUCUCAUCGUGUACCUGGUCAAGUCUGGGAGGCUUUUAGCAGUGUGCAACACUGAAAAUAGCCAAAUGGUCCCUUCUGACAUGAUCCCAACUGUGUCUGUCUCCAUCCCACUUCAGACACUCACCCACGCUGCUGACACUCAGCCAGUGGGGGAGGCAAUCCCUGAACAUGAGAGCGGAUGAAGCAUGAUUAAUACAAGAGGGAAAUCUGGACCGCAGUAUAACAACUCACUCUCCAGGUUAUUCUGUUAGUGGCAGCAGCCUGCUGGAUAACCCAGUGUGGUCUGACACUCUUCCUCUGCUUUCACUCAUCUGAGUGCAUGGACCCGAGCUACGAGAGAAAACUCACCUGCUGUGAAGGCAGCUUGCCCGGGCACUUCUAGCACUUAACCAUCCAAAGAGGGUUUUUUUUUUUGGAACCAGAGGAAGAACUCACUACACAAUGGCUGGUUAUGUCCCCAAAUGGCUGGUGAAGUACAUUAAUUGUCUCGUCUUGGCCAGUGUUUAGCGGCAUCUGGCAUGCCUUCUCUGAGCAGAUCAAGUUUUUUUUUUUUUUUCAUUGCUGCCACUCUCAACCGUUGCUAUUCAGGGUGUUGCCAAUUCUCCAGUUUUGAGCUGUGAUCAAACGUACCGCUGGAGGCUCACAUCCAAAUGAUACCACACUGUUUGGGAAGAUUUCAUUCUGAGUUUGAAAUCCCGUCAUCAAUUUGUUGGCUGUGUCCCGAUGGUUACAGAGACCUUUGUCCUUUUACUGUUGUAGAGUCAAGAGUCAACACAUUGUUCCCAAACCUGCUCCUGUGUUUGGGCUUCUACUGAAAUGCAUUAGGGGUAAAUGCAAAGAAGUACAUGCAUAGGAGGUAAAAGCUCAAUUGGAGAAGCUGCAUGUGAUCUACUGCAGCUUGUCUUGUACUUGUUGACAUUAUUCUGAUCUGUCACAAAUUGCAAACCUUCUCGUCGCAAACAACACUUCAACAAGUGUCUCACUUUGUGUAUCAAAGAUCUGACCAGAUGGCCAGUAGCCACCAGCAGAGGCCCUUUGAAUCCCGUCAUUGUGUCUCAAAGCUAUUGCCCAGUGAUCUACAGCUGCUGCUCGGCCACAGCGAGUGUGUUUUUAAUGCCUUAUUCACUGAGUCAAUCAUGUUCAGUCAUGAGAACAUGACUCCCCGAGUGAGAGUGCUCUUGUACUGUAUGUGUCAGAGCGAGGGAUGGGCGGACAAGACGAGGGAGAUAGGGAUAGAUGGCUGGAUGGACGGAUGAGCUCAGCGAGAAGCAUAAGGAGGGCUUGUUCUUGCCACAAAAGAAGUGGCCGUAGGCUGGAGGAAAUGCCAGUUACAAACACGACUGAUGUCGGCAGAUCCCUAUGAAUCAACAGGCUAAGAAUCUUUCCCAACCGCAGGCAAUGUAGCCUCAUCUUCAGAGGAUGGUUAGUAUUUCAAUAACAGUUUUCUGUAUUCGAAAGAUUUAUGUUCAAAACUCAUCAAUGAAAUGUGGGAAGAUGUACCUUUAUCAAACUGUUUUCUUGUCUUUCUGGUGAACAACUUGUAUAAUUUGAAUGUCUGUAUUUUGUGAAAAUAUGUAUUUGUAUUGUAUUUGAGAUAUUUAAGUUAUUUUGUUACAAGAUACACCACUUACAAAAUAUAACCAACUUUCUCUACAAUUCUAAUGUUGCAAAUAUAUAAUGGACCGGUUCAAGUCACGAAUGUAAAGCGGGUGGACAAAAUACUGUGAACAUUCUGUGAAAACACAUUAGGACCUUGAUGUCACUAAAUCAGCAUUGCAAAGCUUGCUACAAUAAGUUGUAGCAGAUUACAAAUGGUGAUUUGGUCAAUGUCCCUUUAUGUGAAAUGUUUACAUUAUUUAGUCUACCCCCUGCAAAUGGCCCAUGAGCAAAAUGUCAGUAUUGUAUGUAUGUUUUAUGACUAUUUGUCAACAAUGUAAAAAAUAUACGGUAUAUAAUGGUACAUCAUAUUAUUGUUGUCAGCAAAACAGUGAAACGUCAAGUCUGAAUGUGUCCUUGACAUUUUAAUUAAAAGAAUAGAAUAAUACACAAUACUACCUUAAAUAAAAGAAUGUUUAGGUUCAGUUAACCAGAUGGAAAGGGACUUGAUAAAAGUCCUCCAUUCUUGGUUUUUGAAGUGACAUAUUUGUGCAUGUACAGAUCUCAGAACAGAUAUCAAACUUCAAUGUACUCAUUGUCAGGUCAUUUACUCAGUUCUCCAUGAACUUUGAUGUCAUUUCAAAGACAAUCGACAGCAUCAAUAAAAUGUUUUGGUGAUAUUGCAA